AUGCCUCCACUCAACGAUAACCAGCAGCACGAGCGUAUGCUCACAUCUCUCACGUGCCUAAUCCACGAUCUCCGAUUCAACCCAGAGAGCCGCUUGCUAGUAACUGCGAGGCUGUCCGCGAUUUCUCGACUAGCACGCAUCUGUGCGCAGUUCGGGAAGGACGCUCGUUUUGCGCAGCUUUGUGGCGCCCUUCAGAAAAGUUUGCCCGGGCAAAUCGCUCUGCUCAAGAGUGAUAUAAGCAGUAAUGUUAUAGUUGCAGAUGCUCUUGACCGAAUGAUCUUUGAGUCUUCCUUGUCUCCUCGUUCUGUUGUCAAGAGCGAAAUUGAGAAGAUUGACGAAGGGGCUGACCAGGAUGUUGAUGCAGAUGCCAGCGACGAUGAGAGUGAGAUGGACUCCGGCGAUGACAACUAUAUAGCACGAUUGCUUCUCGGUUCGAAAUGGGACAAACCGAUAGUUGAUUUCGACGAGGAGCCAUAUGGGGAGAUUGAGGUGGCCGCUACCGAUGCCAGUGAAGAGGAAAGUGAGAUUGAUCCCAGCGAUGAUGACUACAUUUCACGCCUGCUCCUUGGACCGAGUUGGGCUACCCCGUUAGCCGAUUUUGCCGAGGAGCCAUAUGAGAACGAAGGCACCGGGUAA